CCCGCCCUCCCCGUCGUCGUCGUCGUCGUCGUCGCGGUCGCGGUCGUCCCUCUCGUCCUCGCCAUCGACGCCGCUGCACAUGCUCAGCGCUAUGCAGUCUCCCAACACCGCGCACGAUGAGCACCUGAGACGCCUCCUGGACCAACGAACUGCUCGUGCAGGCCUCCCCAACCGUUUUCCUUCGUAUGCCGAGUCUUUCGAUUCCCCCUCCAUUUACAGCCAUCCUGUCUUUUCUCCUCGUCCCGGCCGUUCGGCCGAACAGUCUCACUAUGCUCCCAGCGCUAUCGAGCCUCGCUCUCCCAUGUCUGACCGGGAACGUUUGAACGAUCCCGGUGCUAGUACACUGGACCUUGAAGACGACCCUCGGUACUCCUACGCUUCACAAGACUAUUCCGAUGACGACCAUAGUUCUCAACAUACUAUCGAUGACGACGAGGAUGAUUCUCGCAUGAGCGUACUCGGUCCCAAGAUGAAGUUCCAUUCACCGGCACCCUGGGAAAUGGGCGGUGACGUCUUACCUGAAGAGGAGGAACCCGAAUCAGGUAUUCUGUCCCGUACGCUUUCUGAGCCGAGGUCUGAAAAGACUCGAGGUGGGAUGGCGGACGGCAUCAAGAGGGGACUAGGUCUAACCAGAGCGGGCUCGGGUGGACGGCCAAGCAACGAGUCCAGUCGCUCCAGCGGUAAAGCCAAGCAAUCCUUCGAAACAAACUCCUCAUAUAUAUCCCCCGGAGGCGCGUUGCAUGCUCUCGCGCGGGCGUCCAUGUCCUCCACUUCACUGUCGUUACAGCCAUCCUCACCGGCCGAGUCAGCGCCCAAGAAGAAGUUCCCUGUGAUGCGCAUCCGCACUCAAACCACGUCGACAGCAAAUUCCGCGCAUUUGCAACCUCCCAUGAGUCCCGGUCUGCCCUCCGCCUCUGCGGGCUCGUCCUCUAGCUCAGGCUCCGAUAGCCGCACCGCAGCAUUCAGGCGACGUAGUCGCUCAGUAUCCCCAGCUCCGUCCCCAGCAGCCAAUCGCCAUGAAUACGUGCACCCUUACGCUAACCCAGAUUUGGCCUUCUACGAUCCACCGCAUGAGUCGCCCCGGUCCCCUUCUCAUAACCAGCAAGGAUUUGCCCAUCACAUCGCACCGAGUGACUCGGAUAGAACGGUCACGGAGGCUAGUACUUCGGCCUCUUGGUCCACCGGCAACGUUAUCACGCCUGACAAUUCAACUUCCUCGAUCACCCAUAAAGCGAAAGGAUCUUACUCUUCCGGUUCGGGCGAGGGUAUUCAGAUCAAGGGAAUCUCUCGACCCAUCGCCUCUCGCAGACCGUCCUUUCCGGACUCUCAUUCAUCUUUUGAGAGUGUCGGUAGACCAUUCGCGCCUGCAAUGUCCGUCAGAGGUCUUGCGGGCUGGCAAGAUACCCCGUCAUCGCCUGGAUUCACUCUCAUAUCUCUUGCGGAAGCUCAAGCACAGGCCAGGGAGAGAUCCAGGACCGCUACGGUCCAAGGUGCUCCUUCUCAUUCCAUCAUCAGUGGACCCAUGCCGUUUCCGUCGCAGGCUCCGGAAAAUAACACUGCGGAGCAACGGUCGGGUACGUCGAAGAAUACUUCCAACAGCAGCCCGACUAGCUCUACUUUCCGGACGAGGGCGCGUUCGAUCAGUGCUGGCGCCAGGGCGAAAAAUGCCUUCCAGGGUAUGGGCGACUUGGCACGGGGUAAAGGCAGUGGCAAGGAAAACGAAGCUCAAGGGACUUCGGUUGAUGACCAUACCGCGAAUGAAGCGCCCACACGGACAAUCAAGCAAAAGAAAAGUGGAUUUAUGCGCCUUUUCCGGGACAGAGAGAAGGACAAGAUGCAGUCGCACGCUAUUCCGCCGGUGCCACAGUUGUCGUCCGAUGCUCUUGGAACUAGCGGAUAUGGCAACCAAUCCCAGUCUGCUGCACCGCGGCGAACUCAAGACCUCAAACGAGUACCGGUUCCGUCCUUAUCACCUUCUCUCCUUGCAGAAAGCGAUGGUCUGCUACGCCCUGGUAGGUCAGACUCUGACCCUCGGAAGAGCUCUCCGAGCCCGCGUCGCGGGACACCGCCUUCGUUGUCAAUAAUUCCUCCGAGCGGUCCCCCGCAGACCCUAAAAGAGCCCUUCAACCCGGAGGGCGAGAGAGGUCGGAGUAGGACCGCCACUCCGACUGCUGUUCUAUCGGCUAUCGAGAAAUCGUCAGGUGGUCUCGUUAUAUCGUCCUCGCCGAGGAGCGCACCGCCUGAAGUCUCUGACUUUCAGGGCCUCAGCCUACGACCGGUCUCGACUGCCUUCAGCGCUCAUUUCUCGGACCAUCUGCUUCCAGAUCCUAAUGACAGGAGCCCGAACCGCGACUCCGACUUGGACCUUGAUACGCCAACGACCAUGAACACGGCUGUCACUAGUCCCAGCAUAUCCAGCUCGCCGCUUGGGUACGGCUUUCCCAGCAUUGACUCUGUUCCGGGGAACAAGGGGGUGUCUGUCGCUGUGCCUGGUGAGGACCAGUCCGCUGUGAUCCAGGCGUUGCAGGAACAGAUCAUCUCUGCAAGGAAGGGAUGGCAGAUGCAAAUCUGGGAGCUGGAGGGACAAGUCCGAGAGCUCAAGGCCGAAUUAGAUCAACUGCGCGCUACUGGGAACAGCAAUAACAACGGUUAUUGCGAAAUGUGUGGUCGGGGCUCCGCAGCACCUGGCGAGAGUGGACAUGAUGGCGGCAAAGCAACUGUCAUCAAUAGACCCAGGGCGCCCACUGGGAUUGGUGGUCGCUUUGGUUGCAGCGACUAACUGUAGAUAGAUUGGAUUGGGACUCGACUACUGCGGACUCAACUUGUAUCCUUCACUUCCUUGACGCAGCUGCUUUCUGUAGCACCUCCGUGCAAACCCCUCCGCUCCUUUACCGUGUUCUACUUAUCCUUGUUGGAUAAGGUUCUAUUUAUCUAGGGCUUGGUCCCGUAAUUACAUUUAUUCAUCAUUAUGUCUACUUUCCUGUUGUAAUGUGUCGUCCACCCUCAUUGUUGUUUCCCCCCACCAGCUCACCGUAGCAGCUACUCUAUAGUCUAGCCCUGACCUGUAAAUGUCUCUGACUCGAUCAACAUGGGUGUCGCAUUGGUACUCGC